UUCGUGAAACCGUGGUGGAUACUACUUUAUUCAGUAAAUACACUUCACAUCCACCAAUACUAAAUAUUGCGAAAGUGAAGACAAAUAAUAGUCUACGCAGUGGAUUAUGACAACCCGAAUUUCCGCAACUAAACAGUAAAGAUUGACAAACUAAUAAUUACUCAACUACGCUUUCGGCUAAUGUCAAUUACACUUGUUGAUUAGUGAAAUGGAAUUCCCUGCAGAACUUGAAGGAAAUCUUUUAGAUUCAUAUUUUUGGAACAUUGAGAAUUCAAAUGGUCUUGAGCAACAGAUCUUAGAAGUACAGAAACAUUACGCUUAUAAUAAAUCACUAACGAAAGAAAUCUGUUCCUUGAGAUCUGAGUUGGAUGAAACCAGAAAACACUUAAAAUCGCAAGAAGCUCAUCUACAAUUAGAGUAUGGAGAAUAUGAAAUUGAAGCUAAUAAUCUUCAGAAGAAACUGGAAAGCUUUUCUACCGAAAUGCUAAAAUCUCGCAUCUCCGCGAAGUUACGAAAAAAGCAGGAUGAUCUUGGUUUAUUAAACCAAAAAUUGAUAAAGCAAGAUCUAUCAGCCUUUGAUUAUGCUACAUUGGUCUUGCAAACGAUGAAUAAUUAACUAUUUAUAUAAUACUAUUUCUAAAUGAAUCGAGGAAAUGACUUAUGAUAGCAAGUGAAUGAAUAAUAAAAACAGUGUCUUCAAUUGUGAUUUAACUCAUUCACUUCCAAUAUAAUUCUAAAAUCAGAUUUUCGAGUACUACUAUAAAUCCAAAGCAACAUAACAUGAAAAUUACCUAAAAAUUUUAUCUAGUCCAUCAUAAACAAAACAUCUAC